AUGUCUCAAGCUGGUGAAUGCACUAAAUCGUCAUACAACGAAUCAGAUAUGUCUUCUAGAAGCGACACGCCGCAGGAUGAUUUAACCGUCCGGGACGCCGUUGCUGCUCGAACACCGGUAAAGAUGCCAGCGUCGAACGACCAACGCUUUGCCGAUACAAGCAACCAGGACAAUAGCAGCAACGAGCUGCUAAACCCUACUGAAGAGAUUGCCCAACAUGGAGUUUCCUUCUUUAGUGGCGACUACAGCAAGCACAGAAGGACGUUGGGAUGGAAGUUCUUGAUGAUCAACUUAUUUUUGUGUACUUUCAUUCUUGCAGGUUUUUCCAUCUACUGGGGGUCCUACUAUAGGAGAUCGCUGUAUUUGAAGAACUUGAAGUUUUUGGUGGUUAUUGAAGACGACCAGACGAUCGAUGGAAUAGAGCCCUACUUCGGCAACACGUUGAAGGAGAUCUUGGCUACUCCCAUAGCUAAAGAGCGCGGGGACUGGAAAAUAUACAACCACAGUGAAUUCCAGCAUUAUGCCGACAAGGUGGGCAACACUGUUGAAGCCGAGGUUUUGAGACAAAUCCACCACCAGCAUUACUGGGCUUCGAUUCACAUUAUGCCCAAUGCCACCCACAACUUUCACAAGGCAUUGAGCCAAGGUGACACCCAAUACAACAUCUCUGCCAACACGAUAGUCAGCAACUACGAAACAGGAAGAGACUUUUUGAACAUGAACUCGUACGUUGUUCCACAAAUACAGAUUAUUGAGAAAAUGUGGCUUCAGAAACAGUCGAUGAUGGCCAAGAAACUCGCGGCGGAUAUCACCAUUGACUCUCCUGACAAGAUUGGGAUCCUAAGCGAGCCGUUGCUGUUUUUGAUGAUUGAUAGAGCGCCGUUCAAUGACCCCGUCUUGGUUGCGCCAUGUCAAGUUGGGUUCAUUUACAUGAUCAUUCUUACCUUUUUCGUGUUUAACUUUUUCAGCGACAUUCACCUGUUUGCGGCAAAAUCGGGAGUCAAGAAGCUGCACUUUGUCAUUUACCGUUACCUCUCGUCGAUAUUGACAUUUGCCGUGCUUUCGUUGUUCUUUGGAUUGGCCACCUUGGCGUUCCAAGUCGACUUUCAAGUCACCUACGGCAAGUCGGGCUUUUUGGUGUAUUGGGCAAUUGCCUUUUUGACGAUGUGCGCCGUGGGGUUAGCCAAUGAGAUCGUGGCCAUGCUUUUGAUUGUGUUUUACCCUCCCUUAUUGGGAUGCUGGAUGUUGUUCUGGGUCGUGGUCAACAUCUCGCCCACGUUUGGACCCAUUGCCUUGAUGGAUCACUUUUACAGAUAUGGCUACGCCAUCCCCAUCCACAACAGUUUUGAAGCUGUCAAGACGGUGUUUUUCGAUGUCUACAAGGGCCAAUUGGGCCGGAACGUUGGUAUAUUGAUUGCAUGGUGGGCGGUGUUGACGAUGGUGUUCCCCUUUGUGUUGCGCUACUUUGGAAACACCAUGGGCCAGAGAGCCAGAGCUGCCGCCGAGAAGACGAGACAGGAUGCAAUUGUUGCACACGAGAAGGAGAAGGCAGCUGGAGAAAAAGGUGGGGUUUAG